AUGUCUGCUAAGGUUCUUGUAGUGUUGCUUGCUGUGUCCUGCACAGUUUCUGCUCAGUUAGAUGUGGAGACCCGGGCGAAGGUGUUCCUGCAGAAGUUUGACGAGGAUGCCUCUCAGCGUAUGUACCAGUACUCGCUGGCAUCAUGGGACUACAACACCAACAUCACACAGGAGAACUCAGACAAACUCUCAGAACAGGGGCGAAUUUGGGCCAAUUUCUACAACCAGAAGUCAGAAGAGUCCCUGAAAUACCCCAUCGACCAGAUAAGAGAUUCAACAAUCAAAUUACAGCUCAUCUCCCUACAAGACAAAGGCUCUGGUGCCCUAUCUCCAGAUAAAGCUGCACAUCUGAGUAAGGUCAUGAGUGAGAUGAAUACGAUCUACAGCACAGCAGAAGUGUGUCUAAUGGACGAACCCUUUAACUGCCAGACUUUGGAGCCAGGCCUGGAGCAUGUAAUGGCCCACAGCCAAGACUACUCUAAGCGUCUGCAUGUGUGGGAGGGCUGGAGGAGAGUGGUGGGGAAGAGGAUGAGACCUCUGUACGAAGAUUAUGUGGAUCUAAAGAAUGAAGCUGCAAAACUAAACGGUUUUGAAGACUAUGGAUCUUACUGGAGAUAUAACUAUGAGACCAUUGAUGAGGAAGCUCAGUACAAGUACACCAGAGAUCAGCUGAGGGAAGAUGUCCGUUCUGUGUACAAAGAGAUCAUGCCCUUAUACAAGGAGCUGCAUGCCUAUGUGAGAGACAAGCUUAUGGGGGUCUACAAAGGACACAUUGAUGCAGAAGGACCUCUGCCAGCCCACCUGCUGGGUGACAUGUGGGGAAGAUUCUGGACCAACCUGUACCCUCUGUCAGUCCCUUACCCUGCUAAACCAGAUAUUGAUGUCAGCAAAGCCAUGAAGGAGAAGGGCUGGACUGAGCUUCAGCUUUUUCAAGAAGCAGAGAAGUUCUUCAUGUCUGUGGGCCUGUACAAGAUGUUCCCAAACUUCUGGAAUAAGUCCAUGCUGGUAAAACCUGAAGAUGGAACAAAGGUGGUCUGUCACCCCACAGCCUGGGACAUGGGAAACAAAGAGGACUUUAGGAUCAAAAUGUGCACGGAGGUCAACAUGGAUAACUUCCUCACAGUGCACCAUGAGAUGGGUCACAACCAAUACCAGAUGGCUUACCGUAACCUGUCCUACCUCCUGAGGGAUGGAGCCAACGAGGGUUUCCACGAGGCUGUCGGAGAAAUCAUGUCCCUCUCUGCUGCAACGCCCAAACACCUGAAGAGCCUGAAUCUCCUGGCUGAUAACUUCACUUAUGAUGAUGAAACAGAGAUCAACUUCCUGCUGAAACAGGCCCUCACCAUUGUGGCCACGCUGCCAUUCACCUACAUGCUGGAGGAGUGGAGGUGGCAGGUGUUGGCAGGAAACAUCACCAAGGAUAAUUGGAUGGAGCGCUGGUGGGAGAUGAAGAGGGAGCUGGUGGGGGUGGUGGAGCCAGUGCCGAGAGACGAGACCUACUGUGACCCGCCUGCUCUGUUCCAUGUUUCUGGAGACUAUUCUUUCAUCAGGUACUUCACAAGAACCAUCUACCAGUUUCAGUUCCAAAAAGCGCUCUGCAAUGCGUCUGCUCAUACAGGUCCCUUAUCUUCAUGUGACAUUACUGGUUCUAAAGAAGCAGGAACCAAACUGAGGAAUAUGUUAGAGCUUGGGAGAUCCCAGUCCUGGACCAGAGCUUUGCAUACGAUAUCAGGGGAUGUUAAGAUGGAUGCUCGCCCCUUGUUGGACUAUUUCCAAAAACUUCAUGACUGGCUGAAGAUAGAGAACCAGAAACACAACAGGAAAGUAGGCUGGAAGAAAACAAUAGAUCCAUAUUCAGAGAAUGCCAUUAAAGUGAGGCUAAGUUUGAAGGCUGCCAUGGGAGAUAACUCUUAUCCCUGGAACAACAACGAACUGUACCUGUUCAAGGCCAACAUUGCGUACGCUUUGAGGCAGUACUACAGCCAAAAGAACGAGACCCUUCUUUUUACAGCAAAGGACGUCCACGCGUAUAAAGAGACUCGCAGGAUCUCCUUCUACAUUUUGGUCACCAAGCCAGCAAAUCUCUCCAUGUAUAUCUCAAAGGAUGAUUUGGAGGCUGCCAUACGAUUAAGCCGAGGCCGAAUCAACGAUGCCUUCCAAUUGGAUGAGAGGACGCUGGAGUUUGAGGGUAUCCUAGCAACACUAUCCCCUCCUGUGGAGCAGCCGGUGGAGGUGUGGAUGGUGGUGUUUGGGGUGGUCAUGGGAAUCGUGGCGGUAGCGGGCGUCUUCCUCGUCGUCUCUGGUGUCAGAGAGCGCAAGAAGAAAUCUGCAAAGACAGACAACACGGAGAAUCCCUACAAUGCAAACAUUGAUGGACAAAGUAACAAAGCCUUUGAGGAAGGUGAUGAACAAACUGGACUCUGA